UUAUUCAUUACCGCUGAACCUCACAAACAAAUCCACGUUGUUUCAUCUCCGGUGUUUGUGAGACAGGUGGGGGAUAUAAUGAGUUUUGUCAUCUAAAUAGCAUGCAUUGUAAAAAUGCAAUCAGCUAUUGUCCAUGGCUGUUAUUAUAUUCAAGCGGCGGUUUGCAUUGUUUUUGGUGUUGCUGCUCAUUUUUCUUUUCAUUAUGUUACUUUCCCAAGGUUAUUUCUGCAGCAACAUGGACAUUGAUGAAGAAGUGAAGUGGGUAUCUAAAAAAGUAUUGGAACUUUCUGCCAAGGAGAGAAGAUUGCAAUUACAAGAGGAGAGACUAUUGCACCUUGAGAAAGAACUCAACAAAAGCUACUCAAAUAGUGCUGUGUCAAUGCUCAAACAACAACAGAGUUUCAUUAAAGACCUUCCUACUAUUUAUGCCAUUACUCCCACUUAUGCAAGAUGUGUUCAAAAAGCAGAGCUUACAAGAUUAUCACAAACAUUUCUUCAUGUGAGAAAUUUUCACUGGAUAGUGGUAGAAGAUGCAGUAGAAAAGACACCUCUUGUCACUAAUUUUCUCAGAAACUGUGGACUGAUUUACACACACUUGAAUAUAGCUACACCAGAAGACCAUAAAUUACAAGAAAAUGAUCCAAAUUGGUUGAAACCCAGAGGAGUAUUGCAGAGAAACAUUGCAUUAAAAUGGCUAAGGGACAAUCUUGAUGUUGACAACAAGCAGGGAGUUGUUUAUUUUGCAGAUGAUGACAAUACUUAUGAUCUCAAGUUAUUUGAUGAGAUGAGGUCCACCAAGCAAGUGUCUGUUUGGCCAGUGGGGUUGGUGGGAGCAUUGAGGUAUGAAAGUCCAGUGGUCCACAAUGGAAAGGUAACAGGCUGGUUCACAUACUGGAAACCAGAGCGACCAUUUGCUAUGGAUAUGGCAGGCUUUGCAAUAAAUCUACAGCUGAUGUUAAAGAAUCCACAAGCAAACUUCAAAAUCCGGGUGCCCAGAGGUUACCAGGAGUCCGAGCUGUUGAAACAUCUGGUCACCAUGCAAGAUCUGGAACCUAAAGCUGAAAAUUGCUCAAAGGUAUUGGUGUGGCACACAAGAACAGAAAAACCGAAGUUAAAGAAUGAAGACAAAUUAAAAAAGACUGGUCAGCAGUCAGAUCCAGAUAUAGAAGUUUGAAUGCCAAUACUUUUCUGUUGCCAAAGCAGUUUAGUAUACAAUGAUACACCAUUGAUAGCUGUUAUUGCCUGGAAACAUAAACAGACUUUGGUUGUAAAAUAAAAUUCUUCUAAUCCAGUAAUAGUUACAACAGGAUAUUGCAAAUAUUUAACAAAGAAAUUCUAGAAUAUAAUAAGAGAAAGUUACUUCCAUCAGUCAAAAUCAAAAUAAAGUUUUAUUUUUAUUCUUU